AUGGGUGACGUGUGUCGGGAUUCUUGGUCUCACCCCCCUCUCUCUGCCCGUUGUGUUGCAGUGUUGCGUGAUGACUUCAGGCAGAACCCCAGCGAUGUAGUGGUUGCCGCGGGCGAGCCCGCCAUCAUGGAGUGCCAGCCGCCGCGCGGACACCCCGAGCCCAACGUCUACUGGAAGAAGGACACCGGCCGCAUCGGCGAGCGGGACGAGAGGAUCACGAUGCACGGGGGCAAGCUGAUGAUAUCCAACACCAAGCGCAGCGAUGCUGGCCGCUACAUCUGUGUCGGCACCAACAUCGUGGGCGAGAGGGACAGCGAGCCAGCGGAACUCACCGUCUUCGGUAAGAGCGCCCCCACCUUUGUACGGCGACCCAUUAACCUGGUGGUCCUGGAGGAUGAAGGGGUGGAGUUCCACUGCCAGAUGCAGGGAGACCCCCAGCCCACCGUACGUUGGAGGAAGGACGACACUGACGUGGUCAGGGGCAGGUACGACAUCAAGGAGGACAACACCUUACGCAUCAAGAGGGUGACCACCAACGACGAGGGGACCUUCACGUGCGUGGGAGAAAACCGCGUGGGCAUGGCGGAGGCCACGGCAACACUGACCGUGCGAGGUAAAGGAGGGGGGGGGGAUGGUCGCUGUUGCCCGCAGCGGGCGGUCAGAUCUUGCUGCGGUCCCACUGAGGACCUUCUACCCACGCUUGCCCGCCAAUUGGCCGUGUGGCUUCUGACGGAAAGACCUCCACCGAUUAUUCGCCAGGGACCGGCCAACCAGACGCUGGGCGUGGACGGGACGGCGCUGCUCAAGUGCCAGGCGAUGGGUGACCCAGUGCCAACCGUCAGCUGGCUGAAGGAUGGAGUCGGUCUCCUGGGCAAGGACCCGCGUCUGUCCCUGCAAGGGUUCGGGAGCCUGCAGAUCAAGAGCUUGCGGGUGACGGACUCCGGAAUUUACACGUGUGUGGCAACGAGCUCAAGUGGGGAGACCACGUGGAACUCGUUUUUGGAAGUACGAGAGUCUGGAGCAUCCAUCUUAAAUACUAAGAUGGACACCGACACGGACGCGUUGCCGGGAUCGCCCUCCAAGCCGCAGGUCGCCGACGUCACGAAGAGCAGUGUCACCCUCUCCUGGUUGCCCGGGAAACACACCGGCCCGUCCCCAGUAACAUCCUACAUCAUCGAGGCCUUCAGCCAAUCGGUGAGCAACAACUGGCAGACGGUGGCGGAGCGUGUGAAGAACAGUUUGUUCACCGUGAGGAGCCUGAGGCCCAACACCAUUUACCUGUUCCUGGUCCGUGCCGUCAACGCCCAGGGUGUCAGUGCCCCCGGCCUCCUGACUGACCCCGUCCGCACUCAAGAUAUCAGCCCCCCCGCGCAAGGCGUGGACCACCGCCAGGUGCAGCGGGAGCUCGGAGACGUCCUGGUGCGUCUACACAACCCGCUGGUCCUGACGGCAUCCAGCAUCCAAAUCACCUGGACCGUGGAGCGGCAGUCGCAGUUUAUCCAGGGUUACCGGGUGCUGUUCCGCCAAAUCUCGGGCCUACCCUCUCCGUCGUCCUGGCAACCGCUGGAGGUCAAGGUGGCGACAGAGCGGAGUACCGUCCUCUCCGGCCUGAAGAAGGGGGUCAGCUACGAGAUGAAGGUCCGCCCGUACUUCAACGAGUUCCAGGGGAUCGACAGCGAGUCGAAGACCGCACGCACUAGCGAAGACGCUCCGGGUGCCCCGCCACAGUCGGUGACGGUGUUGACGGUCGGCAGCCACAACAGCACCAGUAUCAGCGUCUCGUGGGACCCACCCCCCACAGAGCAGCAGAAUGGCAUCCUCCAGGAGUACAAGAUAUGGUGCCUGGGCAACGCCACGAGAUUCCACAUUAACCGGACGGUGGAUGCAGCUGUCCGCUCGGUGGUGAUCAGUGGCCUCCUGCCCGGUGUCCAGUACCGCGUACAGGUGGCGGCGAGCACCAGCGCCGGCGUGGGCGUGAAGAGCGCGCCGCAGCUCAUCAUCAUCGGGAGCCGCGGGGACGAUAUCUUCGUGACGGGUCCGGGCGGCAACAACAGCAUCACCGAGCAGAUCACCGACGUGGUGAAGCAGCCGGCGUUCAUCGCGGGCAUCGGGGGAGCCUGCUGGGUCAUCCUGAUGGGCUUCAGUAUCUGGCUGUACUGGCGAAGGAAGAAGAGGAAGGGUCUCAGCAACUACGCAG